AUGUUAACAAUUCUGCUUCUCUGUUUGCUUGGUUUUGCUGCUGCACAACAACCACGUCCAUGUACAACUCCACCACAAUGGGAAGGGCGUAUAUACGACAGUAAUGAAAAACAAAAAGCAUCAUUAAGAGGACGAAUAAGCUAUGAUUCUGUUUAUCAUCGUUCACGAAUCGUCGACGAUCUUCAAAUCGGUACUGAAGAAAUAGCGAAUGAUAUUCUCUCCCUGUAUGAUGCUAGAAUUGAAUUCGAUUAUAAUUUCAAAACUAAAAAUUGUACACGCCGAGAAAUAACUGAACCGUGGCGUGAUUUUGGUAUUCUUCCAGAUGCAACUUCAUAUGGUGAAGCCUACAUUGGUUCAUCUUCUCUUCCGGACACUGGUUUACUCAUUACAAUUUGGGGUGGCAAUUUUACUUUAUCAAACAAUGAAACUAUUCCAUAUAUAGGAACAUGGACAUAUCGAGGAUGUCUUCCAGUUUCUCGAACAACUUACAGUGAAAAAUACGGCAAUGAAGUGUUAUCAUUUUAUGAUCUCACUGUAGGUAUUAGUGAUCCAAACGUAUUUAUUCCUCGAAGCGAAUGUCUUACAGAAAAAGAAUAUGUCAUGCGACAUACUCUUUUUGGCACAACUACCAAGAAAAACUAA